AUGGUGACAAAAUUCUACCAGCAUGUCCUGGCCGUAGCAUUUGCUGUCAAUGAAAUCAACAAGAAUUCCAAGAUCUUACCUAAUAUCACACUUGGGUCCUUUAUCUAUGACAGCUACUACAAUGCAGAGUUGACUUAUCGCAGCACCCUGAACCUGAUCUUCAGUUCACAGAGCUUUUCCCCAAACUAUGAAUGUUAUGACCAGAAAAAAACAAUAGCUGUCAUUGGAGGACUUGGCUUUGAUACCUCCUCCCACAUCACAGAAAUUUUAGGUAUCUACAAAAUUCCGCAGCUCACCUAUGGCUCAUUUACCACAGAAGAGAAGGACGUGGCUGAAUUCCCUUCUUUUUACCGUUUUUGUCUCGAUCUCACUGCCAAGCAAUGGCAAGAGGUAGCUGGCUUCAAGUUCAAGAGCUACAUCCUUGGCAGGGAAAUGGGAGCUCGAUAUGACAUAAUGAACACAGUCAUUUCCCCAAACAAAUCCUUCCAUAAGAUGAAGGUUGGAAAGGUGUAUCCUGAUGCUAUAGAAGAACAACAGUUGGUCGUCUAUGAAGAUAUAAUUGUGUGGCAAACAGCCUUUAACCAGGUGCUGCCCAUUUCUUUGUGUAAUGACUACUGCCACCCUGGUUAUCGGAAGAAAAAGAAGGAAGGGGGGAAAUUUUGCUGCUAUGAUUGUGCCCCAUGUCCAGGAGGGGAAAUUUCCAACCAAAGUGACAUGGAUGACUGUAUCAAGUGCCCAGAUGAUCAAUAUCCCAGCAAGGAACAUGAUAGCUGCGUUCCCAAGAGAAUAAGCUUCCUGUCUUAUCAAGAACCUUUAGGGAUCAGCCUAGCCUCAGUUGCAAUUGCUUUUGCACUGAUCACAGCAUUUGUACUGGGGACUUUUAUGAAACACAAAGACACGCCCAUCGUCAAAGCCAACAACCGGGACAUCACCUACAUGCUCCUCGUCUCCCUCCUGCUCUGCUUUCUCUGUUCUUUGCUUUUCCUCGGAGAGCCGAGAAAGAUGACUUGCCUUUUCCGACAAUCAGCAUUUGGCAUCAUCUUCUCAGUAGCGGUUUCUUGUGUGUUGGCCAAAACCAUCACUGUGGUUCAAGUUUUCAUGGCCAUCAAGCCAGGAUCCAGCCUGAGGAAAUGGAUGGGGAAAAAACUGGCCAACUCCAUUGUCAUUUCCUGUUCCUUUAUUCAAGGAGGUAUUUGUAUAGCGUGGUUAGGAGCUUCUCCCCCUUUCCCUGAUCUGGACACGCAGACCUUUAAUGAAGAGAUUGUAGUAGAAUGCAACGAAGGUUCCUUCAUCAUGUUCUAUGUUGUCCUGAGCUACAUGGGACUUCUCUCCGUCGUUAGCUUCACUGUGGCUUUCCUAGCCAGGAAGUUGCCAGACAGUUUUAAUGAAGCCAAGUUCGUCACCUUCAGCAUGCUGGUCUUCUGCAGUGUUUGGAUGUGCUUCAUCCCCACCUACCUGAGCGCCAAAGGGAAAUACACAGUGGCUGUGGAGCUGUUCUCCAUUUUAGCCUCUAGCUCUGGGUUAUUAGUUUGUAUCUUUUCCCCAAAAUGCUACAUUAUUCUGCUGAGGCCUGAGCUGAACAGCAGGGGGCAACUGAUGAGGCGAAAGCAAGAAACAAUUUAA